AACAGUUCCCUCCCUAAUACCAACAAUACAACAGAUCACAGUUCUAUGAAACUAAUGUUAUGUGAAGGCAGUCAUAUUAAGAAGAGGUCAAGAUCAACAGUAUUUAGUAUAUUUCUGUCAAACAGAAAUUUAUUUAAAGGUUUAUACUCCCAUAGCUAUAAGCAUUUCUAUUUCCCAUUGGAGACAGUCAUUUCGCCUCAAUGGCUUUUCAGGAUCUCUUGAAUCGAGUUGGAAACAUGGGGAGAUUCCAGAUCCUUCAGAUAGCUUUCCUUCUGAUCUGCAAUGUCAUGCUGGCUCCUCAGACUGUUUUGGAGAACUUCACUGCAGCCAUCCCUGGUCAUCGCUGCUGGGUCCACAUCCUUGAUAAUGAUACUGCCUCUGACAUUGACAGUGGGGUUCUGAGCCAAGAUGACCUCCUGAGGAUCUCUAUCCCACUGGACUCUAACUCCAGGCCAGACAGGUGUCGUCGCUUUGUUCAACCACAGUGGCAUUUCCUUCAUUUGAAUGGCACGUUCUCCAAUGUGACAGAACCAGACACAGAGCCCUGUGAGGAUGGUUGGGUGUAUGAAAGAAGUACCUUCCUCUCCACCACUGUCACCGAGUGGGACCUGGUGUGUGGAUCUCAGGUACUGGGUUCAGUCUCUAAAUUUAUAUUCAUGAUUGGAAAUUUGAUAGGACCUUUCCUAGGUGGACACUUAUCAGACAGGUUUGGGAGGAGGUUAACCUUAAUAUGUGCUUUACUGCUGAUGGCCAUCAGUGGGAGCUGUGCAGCUUUGGCUCCCACCUUCUUCAUCUACUGCUUACUUCGCUUCCUAACAGGGCUUUGUGUCAUACCCACAUACACAAAUAGUAUUUUACUCAUGAUAGAAUGGACAAGCCACAAAUUCAAAGUCUUGGUCACAACACUGACAAUUUGUGCUCAAUGUUUUGGACUCAUACUAAUGUCAGGCCUGGCAUUUGUAUUUCGAAAUUGGCACCAUCUCCAGCUGGUAGUGUCUGUGCCAAUAUUUUUCCUCCUUAUACCCACAAGGUGGUUGCCUGAGUCAGCUAGGUGGCUGAUUGUGACCAACAAACCCCAGAAGGGCUUACAGGAACUUAGAAAAGCUGCACGUAUGAAUGGAAUGAAGAAUUCUGAAGACACCUUAACCAUGGAGGUUGUGAGAACCACCAUGAGGGAAGAGCUGGAGGCCGCACAAAUAAAACCUGCUCUGUGUGACUUAUUCCGCACCCCCAACUUACGAAGGCGUAUAUUUCUCCUGUGCCUUUUGAGAUUUACAAUAGCAAUACCUAUAUUUGGAUUUGGCCUCCAUCUCCAACACCUGAAAAGUAAUGUCUUCCUAAUGCAGUGUCUCACUGCUGCAUCAUCCAUCCCAGCCUCUUUUGCUGCAAUGUUUUUGCUGAAUCACAUUGGCCGUAGAAUAAGUCAAUUCUUUUUCUCUUUCCUGUUGGGAAUCUCCAUACUGGCCAUAGUGUCUGCUUCUGAAGAAAUGCAGAUACUGCGUGGAGUUUUGAUAACAUUGACUGGAGCAAGUACUUAUGCGGUUCUUAGUGGUAACAAUCUACACAUAAAUGAGCUAAUCCCCACUGUGAUCAGGGCAAGAGCAUUAGGAGUCAUUGGAAUUGCUAAUAAUGUGGGGGUAGCCCUUACUCCCCUCUUUAUGAUCCUUGCGAUGUACUCUGCCUCCCUACCCUGGAUCAUCUAUGGAGUCUUCUCCUUCCUUGGUGGCCUUGUCCCUCUUCUCCUUCCUGAGACCAAGAAUCAGCCUCUGCCUGACUCCAUCCAAGAUGUAGAAGAUGAGUGGAAAGGUUCAAGACAAGCAAAGGAGGAAGGUGCCAUCAUCAAAGUGACAUCAUUUUAAGGAACUCUGGGAAUUGGCCUCUGCUCAAAGAACAGGAUAAAGAAAAAUGUCACUCAGAAUGCAGUGUCCUAGGAUCAUUCUUAGACAUUAGCAAGCUUUUCAUUAAACACUGAUACAAAUAUGGA